GAAAUUUGUUUUAUAAUGAUCGGAGAUGUCUCUCCGCCGGUAGCUUCAAUCCCAGUUGUUGACGGGAAUGAAGAAUUGAAGAAGCCACAGAAUCUGCUUCCGCCGUUUUCCAAGGUGGUGUCACAUUUUGGCACAAGCGGAGUCUCCGUCGCGUUAGCCACCGGCGUGACUCAUCCUCUCGAUGUACUGAAAGUAAGAUUGCAGAUGCAGCAUGUCGGCCAAAGAGGUCCUUUAAUUGGAAUGACUGAAACCUUUCUUCAACUAAUAAAGAAUGAAGGGCCUAGGUCGUUAUACUUGGGGUUGACUCCUGCUCUCACUAGAUCAGUGCUUUACGGAGGUCUCAGAUUGGGAUUGUAUGAACCCACUAAGUUUUCUUUCGAUUGGGCAUUUGGGUCUACCAAUGUCUUGGUCAAGAUAGCAUCAGGCGCAUUUGCUGGGGCAUUUUCCACUGCAUUAACCAAUCCCGUUGAAGUUGUGAAGGUAAGGUUGCAGAUGAAUCCAAACGCAGUUGCCAUUGCAGAAGUGCGGGAAAUAGUCUCUAAAGAAGGCAUAGGAGCUUUAUGGAAAGGAGUUGGUCCUGCCAUGGUCAGAGCUGCAGCGUUAACUGCCUCACAACUUGCAACAUAUGAUGAAGCCAAGCGGAUUCUGGUUAAACAAACUUCUUUACAAGAGGGGUUUCAUCUGCAUUUGUGCUCAAGUGUGGUUGCAGGUGUAGUAAGCACACUAAUAACCGCACCCAUGGACAUGAUCAAAACCCGCUUGAUGUUGCAGCAAGGUUCGGAAAGCACAAGAACGUACAGAAAUGGAUUUCAUUGUGCUUACAAGGUCGUUCGCAAAGAAGGACCUUUAGCACUUUAUAAAGGAGGGUUUACGAUUUUCGCACGACUCGGGCCACAGACGAUGAUCACGUUCAUGCUGUGCGAGAAGCUAAGAUCACUCGCUGGACUUCACAAAAUGUAGUCACUGACCGGUGCAUGCCAAGCUAGCCCGGUUCCAGAUAAGUUUUUCUCCAUUCUUUUCAUAGAAAUAAUUCACACAAGGUGAGAUUUUUCUAAUAAAAUGUUUAUUCAUGAUUGAGUUGGAAGUAGUACAAUUUUGUGGAAUCACGAUUUAUGCUCUAUGAUUUCAUUCAUUUCACUCAUUUUAUAACAAACAGUAAAAUAAAAAAAGAUGAUGCAAUUCAACAUUCGUUUCUAGUUGUUAUAUGUUCUGAUUGUCUUCUAGAUCCGAGCAUAAUGUAAACGAGUUUGUUUUUUA